AGUGAUCGUUAAGAUGGAGGGUUCUGCCAGGAAAAGUAAGAAAAUAAAAAAUAUAACUUGGUUUAAGGAAAUAUAUUAAUAUUUAUGCUUGUAGCGCUGAAAAAAACUACAACCACUCAAUUUGAAGUACUGGUAAAAGAAAUGGAGAAAUCCUGACCUGGCCAGAGGUGUCGCAGUGUUUGGAUCUGAUCGAGGAAGGGUAGAGGAGCGGUGGGAGGAAAUUAUGAGGAAAAUUAAUUCUCAUGGUCCUCCUACAAGAACGGCCGUCGAAUGGAAGAAAAUAUGGGCUGACUUGAAAAGCCGGACAAAAAAGAAGAUUGCCGAAAACAAACGAAGCCUUACUGCUACCGGUGGUGGCCCAUUCCGUCACUCUCCGCUUUCCGAAAUGGAGCAGGCCAUAGACAGCCUGGUUUUUAUUUCGAGGUCAGCAGCCCCGAGCGGCAGAGCUUUCGGCAUUCCUUCGACGGCGACCUCUAACAUGUCAAGAUAUUCGUCGUUGGAGGAAAUGCCUCCUUUACUUGUGACUGAAUCGCCAACACUUGACCAACGAAGGCAACAAACAACCACCCUUCAAUCUCCUAUAAGGCACAACCAACCACCACCAGUGGGAGUAGUAACUCCCACUACACAGACAACCCGUCCUACACCAACGCACACGUUAAGUUCUACUAAUAGGAAGCGCACCUUCCAAGAGACAGUGGCUGAAUCUGCCAAAGUCCAAGCAGAAGCCGCUAAAGUGCAGGCUGAGGCUGCAAAAAAAAUGGCAGAGGCAUCAAUGCUGCAGGUGGAUGCCACAAACAAAUUAACUGCUGCAGUGGAACGCCAAUCUGAAAUUUUUGAAAAAUUUUUGGAGUACUUCCGGAAUUAAUUUUCAUACCACUAUUGUGAGAGUAUUGAAGUGAUAUUUUUUUUUUUUUUUUUGUGUAAAUAUUUUUUAGAUUUAAGUGUGAAUUGAU